UGUAAUGGACUCUUCACGCGACCAAUAACUGAAGUCACUCGUGUCGGUGGAAUCAUCAACACACACAUACUUCACACACGUACGCGCCCCGAGUCAGAUGGACAGUUUGGCUACAGUACCCCUUUCCCCGUCCCUCUAUCCGUCACGCUUGCCAGCCCGCCGUCACCCUCCCUCGCUCAUGUCAGCUUGUAUGCCUCUAACUCACUGACGUCAAAGUGCCAUCCCUUCACUGAGACAGGCAGGAACACUCGGUCAUCCUCAUCGCCCCAGUAGUGGUCGCUCGGCUUGAAACUCAGCCGCUCCCACUGGCGCCACUCGUCGGGCUGGUCGUCCUCCAGGAUGGUUCCCUGGCACCGUUUCAUGCUCUCGUCAGCUGCCGCUGCUGGUGCGCCGAUCACCUGGGCAGCCGGACGGAUACCGAAGUCGAGGCAUGCCGUGUUGAGGACGGCCAUCACAUCAGAGUCGGGCGAAGAGUAAUCGAUGAGCUCGGUGACUUUCUCCUGCGCACAUGGAUGGAAGAGAGACCAUGAUCAGGACUGCCUGGCUCUUUCUGGUGAAUACCCACCUGUGUGCCCGCGAUGUCCAUCUUGUCCCAGCCGAUGUAGCCCACGUAUGGGUGGCUGUCUUUCCCCCGCAGCUUGAAGGCGAAGGACACCGUGUCGCUGCGGCUGUUGGCCGUGCCGGUGACCUCGAUGGGCCCCUCGAUGAUGAUGGCGAACAGCUCAUUGCUGUCGGCCACUUUGGAGAUGAGCAGCAGGGAAGAGUGGCCCUUGACGGCAUCGAAGAAAUCCAACCACUUCCAACCAUCCACAGUCGCCCUGCCACGACACACACACACAUCAAGACACAGAGGCAUGAUGAGAGAGUGCCGUCAUGCUCACAUCUGUCUGGCCUGCCCUUCUCACUUGUAUACGUAGACGACCGGCUCGCCCACACACGGGGGAAUGCUGGCGGGGGCGUCCUCCUCGCCCUCACACCACUGCCGCAUCUUGUGCAGGUGCUCGGUGGUCAGCAGGCCAUCUGCGGGGCCCAAAUAGCGAUCGCUAUCCAAACCGUACCUGCAGCCAGGCCAGGGGACCGCACGAGGAUGCACACAUGCGCAGGGCUCCAUGUCGGUUUGCUUACAUGUUCAACGCAUUCCGGAAGGCCUUGUCAUUGGUGUCGCCCCGGGAGCUCUGCACGUCCUCGGCCGUGAUGUCCGUGCCCCUGACGUACGCCCGCGUGACGAUGUCGGCGACGCGCCGCACGUAGUCCACCGGUACCGUCAUCACAGAGGGGUCAUACCUGACACACACAUUCGUGGCAGGGAUGGCUAUGUGUGCUCUGGCCAUUGGGUUGUCAUUGUGUGUACUUGAUGAAUCGAUUUGCGAAGGUCGAGUCGUCGCCCAGUGACUUUGCCACGGCCAUGGUGAUGGUCACUGUCGUACCAAACACGUCAAUCGACACCAACUGAACACACAUACGCACACACACACACACAUGGAUCCACCCACUGGCCACGAGCCCUCUCUCUAUGCUGUGUUGUAUAAGGUUACCGCAUCGUCGGCCUGGUAGCCCGAUUUGAGUAGUAGUUUGAUGGCCGUGAGCCUCUGGUGCUCGCACGUCUUCUCCGCCAUGGCCUUGCGAAUGAUCUCGGGCAGCUGGGCCGCCACAGACUCGGGGUCGACGUCCGGCUGCUCAUUCUCACCCUCACCCUGCCCGUCGUGCUGCUGCUGAUGUGGGUUGUCCUGCGUGAUGGGCGGGAUGCAGACGUGCAUCGCGCGGCGUUUUCGUGAGGGAUUGGCCGUCAGGUACUCCACCCAGUAGCUGCACCAGCACCAUACACACAGAUGGAUGGAUAACACAAUGCGCCAAUGGCAUGCGUGUCGGUGCAUACGCACCUGAAUGUGGCAUCGUUCUGUUUGGUGUCGGGCAGCGUGAUGUCGUCCACAUCCCCAACCUCGUACAAAGCUAACUCGCCGAUGAGCCUGAAGGACACACACACAGACGGUGGACAGUUGCCCUGUCCUGAUUGCCGGCCGGGCUGACCACUGGAAGGCCAGGGGGGCGAAGGGAAAGAAAUAGCGCUCAUUGGCGUCCUUGAUCAUCGCCUCGUCAAACCGCCCACCACACAGAGUGGCCAACACGCUACCUCGCAGCACACACAGGGUGGAACGGCGCGCCUUCAUGUAGACGCCGCAGACGUUGAAGUGCAGCUCCUGACGCAUCAGCUGCACCUGCACCAUCCACACGCACAGAUCAGGUCCCACUGCAUGACAUCCCUCAUCCAUUUCAUUUGGCGCGCCUUACCGUGGGCACAAUCUCUCCUGGGAGGCCUCCCAGGGCCUGCUCACGCUGCUUGAUGUCGGCCAGCGUCUGGUUGAGUGCGUCCUGGAUGAUCUCCAUCUGCUCCUUGCCCAUCUGCAGCCAGGUGCGGACGUCGUUGUCCUCAUCUAAGGCCGACGGGCACCACUUCCUCUUGCCACCACCGGCCGGUGCGGCAGCUGCUGCCGCACCGUGCGGCUGCUGCCGCACCGUCAGACAUUUCGUCUGAGCUAAUACAAAC